GACAAGUGUAGAGAGGUUAUUGUCCCAACACCAACCCACAGUUGAACCUUCGACUUACUUCGACGUACCUCUAUAUUCGCGUCAAGAACAAGAGCAAGGCACGAAGUGGCUCCGUAGCAUACAGAAGACUUUGCCGUCCUUGACGCUUGAGAACAACGAUUGGCUGAUCAAUAUUAGACCAGUCCCUCUCUAUCUAGACAUAAUAGAUAAGCUGUUUGCACUUUACCAUCCCAUUUUUUCCUGCCAUGCAUGAGAUUAUUACGCUUCAGCUUGGGCAAAGGAGCAAUUACCUCGCUACCCAUUUCUGGAAUACUCAGGAAUCUUAUUUCACGUAUUCUCCAGACGAGGAGUCGCUGGUUGAUCAUGACAUCCACUUUCGACCGGGCAUAGGUGCUGAUGGGUCUGAGACCUUCACGCCAAGAACCCUCAUCUACGAUUUGAAGGGAGGAUUCGGGUCUUUGAGAAAGAUCAAUGCGUUGUAUGAGAUUGAUGAACCUGUGGUUCCGGAAGGAUUAUGGCAAGCAUAUGUGAAGUAUCAGAAUGGCCCGACCGUGGUUCAGAGACAGGCUGCGAUUGAGCAAAAUGCAUACCAGAAAAGUCUCGAGGAAGGCCUCGCUCCUCCCGAGCUGACAACGGAGUCAGUAAGGUAUUGGUCUGACUUCAAUAGAGUAUACUUCCAUCCAAAGUCAAUCAUCCAGCUGAACGAAUAUGAGUUGAAUUCUUCACUCAUGCCGUUCGAAAAUUGGGAUGCUGGAGAAGAUCUGUUCAGCUCCUUGGACAAAGAGCAUGAUUUGUUGGAUCGUGACUUGCGCCCCUUCGCUGAAGAAGCAGACCAGAUGCAAGGAAUACAAUUGCUUGCAGGAAUUGAUGAUGCUUGGGGUGGGUUCGCCGCUAGGUAUAUGGACAGACUGAGAGAUGAGUAUGGGAAAACUGCAGUCUGGGUCUGGGGACUUGAAGACGAUGUAAAGACAGCCCCACGGGAGAAGCGGUUUUUGCGGCUAUCGAACACGGCCAGAUCGUUCUCGGAAAUUGCGACACAGGCGUCCUUAUUCAUUCCUAUGACUAUGCCAUCAGCAACAUUGCCAAGUUACGUCGCCCUCGAUCCUCGCUCUCAGUGGCACGUAUCUGGACUCCUAUCCACUGCGUUGGAGAGUAUGACCUUGCCUUCCCGACUGAAAAGACAGAAUACGGCACUGCAGACACUAGACCAACUAGCAAAUGCUUUGAAUAUCAAUGGCAAGCAAACUACCGCGAAGCUCCGGAUGAGCAUAGACCAGAAAUCCGCCAUUAAUGGACACCAACAAUCAGGGGGGUCGGAAGUCCUCUCUCAAAGUAGAGACAUGAGACUCCCGUCACAGGAGCGGUAUUCGGAUGAAGAAAAUGCUGCAGAUAAGGAAGAUUUGACUAUGUUUGACAUGGACUUCUUCCCAACCGAAGGACCUGACCAAAGCCGUGGACGUCGACGCGGUAUCACAAAGAUCCACGUAUUCGGUCAGGCAGAAAAUUACCGUGUUGAUGGAGAUCUCGAAGACGAGGUGGCCAAUGGCGAAGAUGAAGGCCAUGAACGCGCUCGGCGGCGUGCGGCUGGUCUUCCUAUUACACACACGUCACGAAUACCCCUGCCGUUUCCUCUGCUCGACAGCUUUCCGCGCAUAUUCUCACAACCUAGCCCCUCCUCGUCAUCCGUCUCAGUAAAUACAUCUCUAUCGACCGAUACUACCGUAAGUCUACGGGUCAAAAACUUGCAACACAUUGUAAGCAGAGCAAUUGGUAUAGCCGAGCGCGAGGCUCUCAGCAAUUCCCUAGGUGAAAUUGCCGAAGCGUAUGAAGAAGGUUGGGAUAGCGGGUCGGACGAGGACGACGAUUGAUAGGAUGCUAUCACUUACUACGGGGCAGGCACGUUACACGGACUAGUAUCAGUGCAAGAUGCUUCCGCCAUCUAGCCGCUCACGGGUUGAGUACCGGGGAAAGCUUUCAGAGCGUGGCAAGAGUCGCUACAAAAGAAGCGGAGUCUCGCGACAUGUUUGAUCCGCACUUCUGCUUCAGAGGGAGCGAGACUCGUUCUCAUUUUCUUAACUGUGGUGCUUCCUUGCUUACCUUGCCUGAAGGGAGGGGGUUGUGGCUACUUUCGAGCGGAAAUGCUCCUGAAUAUGGAAGCGACGGUGUUGUACGUACGCUGGAUGAAAUGUACAAUUUAUGUACAAGGAUAGGUCCUCUAGUGCUGUACCUAAACUCUUAACUCUCCCUGGAUAUGGGGCAGUUGUCAAUUUAUGCCGUCUCUAAGGUGACCCGGCGUUGACACGUUUACAAAUC